GGCGUGGCCAUGCCCACGCAGUGCUUCGGCACCAUGAACACCUGGGACAUGGAGGCCAUCGGCGGCGCCCUCGACGCCGGCUACCGCCACUUCGACCUGGCCAUGCUCUACGGCAACCACGCCCUGCUCGGCGCCUUCUUCGAGGAGCGCUUCAAGGCCGACGCGUCCCUGGGGCGGUCCGACGUCUUCCUCACGACGAAGAUCUGGACGCGCCACAUGCGCGACCCGCGCGCGGCCUGCGAGGAGUGCCUCCGGGACCUGCGGACGGACUACCUCGACUGCCUCCUGCUCCACAUGCCCUUUGGCCUCAUGCCCAACUACAUGACGGCGCCGGACCUGGCGCUGGACCUGCGCGCGGCCUGGGCCGCGCUCGAGGCGCUCCAGGCCGAGGGCAAGGUCCGCAGCAUCGGCGUGUCCAACUUCGAGGUCAAGCACCUCGAGGUGCUGCUCGCCGCGUGCGACGUCCGGCCCGUCGUCAACCAGAUCGAGCGCCACCCCCGCUGCCAGCAGGGCGCCCUCGUCGCCUAUUGCCAGAGGGAGCGCAUCGCGCUGAGCGCCUACAACCCGCUCCACAAGCGGCGGCCCGAGCUCGUCGAAUCGCCGGCGCUCGCGGCGAUCGCGGAGAAACGCGGCAAGACGCCGACGCAGAUCGCCCUCAAGUGGUGCCACCAGACGGGCGUGUUCCCCAUCCCCAUGUCGCGGAACCACGCGGCGGAGAACUUCGACCUCCUCUCCUACGAGCUCGACGCGGCCGACCUCGCGGCGGUC